UCGAACCGGCACCGCAAUCGAUCAUACACAUUGGUACCUCACGGGUUUCACGUUUUUCGUUCUCCUUUUUUAUUAUUUUCAUUCAGUCAUUUUUCCAAUCCGGCCGCGUCUGGCCUCUUCUCAGCCGCCGUUUGCGGUCGCGGAUGUGUGAGUGAAAAGCGGCGGUGCCUGUGAUGUCAAUCUGAACGGGAUCCGAAUCCCCCACCCCCGACGUACGGUCAAACGCGUCGCGAGCCGCAGAUUGAAUUGACUUUUCUUCGGUCCGGGAUAAAUCCAAAUCAGUUCAUAUGAAACUUCACGCGAUAAAAAGUCUGAGCGACGAUUAUCCCGCGAACAACAACAUCGGCGACACAUCACUGACGCCAACCAACACGAUGCUGGUGCCGCCGGACAUGCUCCAAGCCCAAUCGAAGAUGGUCUAUCAGCUCAACAAGUACUACACCGAAAAAGUGCAGUCGCGCAAGCUGCAAAUCAGCAAGACGAUACAGGAGGUGUGCCGCGUCGUGCAGGACGUGCUCAAGGAGGUCGAGGUGCAGGAGCCGCGGUUCAUCUCCAGCCUCACCGACUACAACGGCCGUUACGACGGCUUGGAGGUCAUCAGUCCGGUGGAGUUCGAAGUGGUGAUCUACCUGAACCAGAUGGGAGUGUUGAAUUUUGUUGACGAUGGCAGUUUGCCCGGUUGUGCCGUGUUGAAGUUGUCCGACGGCAGGAAACGUUCGAUGUCUUUAUGGGUGGAGUUCAUCACGGCCAGCGGCUACCUGUCGGCCCGCAAGAUGCGCUCGCGCUUCCAGACGCUGGUGGCCCAGGCGUGCGACAAGUGCAGUUACCGGGACGUGGUGAAAAUGAUCGCCGACACCACGGAAGUGAAGCUGCGCAUCCGCGAACGUUUCAUAGUGCAAAUAACGCCGGCAUUCAAGUGUGCCGGCCUUUGGCCGAGGUCCGCAGCCCACUGGCCGCUGCCCCAAAUACCGUGGCCGCAUCCCAAUCUGGUGGUCGAAGUGAAGACCGAGGGCUUCGAUCUGCUGAGCAAGGAGUGCAUCGCCUUGCAAGGCAAGCAGUCGGCCAUGGAGGGCGACGCCUGGGUGCUCUCCUUCUUGGAGGCGGAAAAUAGAUUGUUGCAAGGUGGUUGCAGGAGGAGGUGUUUGAGCAUACUGAAGACUUUGAGGGACAGACACCUGGACCUGCCGGGGAAUCCUGUUACUUCGUAUCACAUGAAGACGUUGCUGUUGUACGAAUGCGAGAAACACCCGCGCGAAACGGAAUGGGAGGAGUCGUGCAUCGCCGACAGGAUCAACGGCAUCUUCCUGCAACUGAUCUCGUGUCUGCAGUGCAAACGUUGCCCGCACUAUUUCCUGCCCAACUUGGAUCUGUUCAAGGGGAAGUCGCCGAGUGCGUUGGAGAACGCUUCGAAACAAGUAUGGAGACUGACCAGGGAGAUGCUGACCAACUCCAGGUGUUUCGAUAAGUUAUAGUGUAGUGAGUGUUCGAGGAACACCUAUUGGAAUGUGAUCUUAGUGCAAACAAAGUUUAUUUAUUUAUGUUGGCGGCGUUUAACGUCCGGGACACAAUUAUCAAGAUUACUAUUAUACUAAAAAUCAAAAGGUACUGUAAAUAUGGAUAACUGUGUGAGUGUUUCUUUUUUAAUGUUGUUCACUACGAAUUAUAUUUAAGUUGUGUGUACUUAUUAUACUACUUGUCGUAUCGACAUAUUGUUGCAUAUAAACGAUUUAUUUUUUAA